UAAAGUGUUUGUGUUUUUAUUUUUUUCCUCAGAUUUUGGAAUAGCUGUAAAUGAGUGUUCUUGCUUUGGCCACUGCUCUUACUUAACGUGCGUUAGGAAGCAACGCUGAGGUUUUUGGACGUCCUCCUCGGCUGACCUGAGCUUCACUUCCAGGUCAGUGGCUUCUGCAGGUCCUCGGCUCUCCCAACAAUGUCUCCCUUACAGAGGAGGGAAGAACUGGCGCUUCAGCAAGUCCCUCUGGAGGCUCUUCAAAACACCGUUACCAUGGACACAAACUUGACCGGGAGAGGAGUGAGUGGUGCGUUUGUGUGUACACACUGUAUGCGUAGAAACCGAGAGGGAGAGUGGGUGAAGACAGGACUGUGUGUGUGUGAGAGAGAGAGAGAGAGAGAGGAGGGGGAGUGCAGGUGCAGUCUGCAUGUGUGUUGAAGUGUAAAUUUAAAAGCAGGAAAAAAAAAUAAUCCGCUGAAGUUUGGUGCGUAAUUCCUGUUUUUAAUGAAGCGCUCCAAACUUGAAGCGUAAAUAUAAGCACAUGUUGGGGUUGUCAGUGACUUCUCCCCGUGACUGAAACCGGGCGUGAUUGACUGCCAGCAAUCUGAUCCAGUGAAAGGCAUUGACAACCAAUAGGAAGCGGAGUGCGGCUUGUUUCCAUGGGAGGCCCCGGGAGGCGAUGCCAAGCGGCUAGAAAGCAACACAGUGAGCGGGGAGAAGCGCAGGCUGCAGCCGGGACUGUGGAGAUCCUGCAGCCGUUCUGUGGCACUCUGCACACGGAUGAAGUCGCUGGGGUGACGGGACGGGACAGAUUGCAGCUUGCUCGCCAAUUGCAGCCACCACAGUGCAGAAUGGAUGGAUUUCACGACCAGCAAGUGCCUUACUGUAACUCCAAAAAGCUGCAAGAAAAGGCAACGAGCUGCGAGAGGCCAGCAAAUGACAGAAAGAGAAAAUUCAUUAAGUCCGACCUGGCUCUGGACACUGAAGAGCUCUUCCAGGACCUCAGUCAGCUGCAGGAGACUUGGCUUGCAGAAGCUCAAGUUCCCGACAAUGACGAGCAGUUCGUUCCAGACUUCCAGUCUGAAAACUUGGCUUUCCACGGACUGCAGCUGAAGAUCAAGAGGGAGCUGCACAGCCCGUGUUCAGAGCAGAGCUCCAACUGUAGUCAGGAGCGGCCCUUCAAACUCCAGUAUGGAGAGAAAUGUCCGUACAGCAUCAGUGCCUAUGAGCAGAAGCAGCCCACAGGAAUGAAGCCCUCCAGCCCAGUGACGCCCCCCUGUAGCACCCCUGUGUCCCCCCUCCAUCAUGGCUCACCCACGGCAGCCCCGACACCUAAACCAGACAGGACCUACGCCCACAUACCGCCCUCGCAGCCUCUCCCUGACAACGCCUACUCUAUGGACCACAGAUUUCGACGUCAGCUCUCAGAGCCUUGCCACUCGUUUCCCUCUCCACCGACGAUGGCUCGGGACGGCCGGCCCAUCUACCACAGGCAGAUGUCUGAGCCUAGCAUCCCCUUCCCUCCUCAAGGCUUCAAGCAGGAGUACCCCGACCCCCUCUUCGAACACCCGGCCAUAAUGGGGGCGCCGCUGCCCCACACUUAUCCCGCCGGCAUGAUGAUCAAGCAGGAGCCGAGGGACUUCACCUACGACUCAGCAGAAGUGCCUAGCUGCCAUUCUGUCUACUUACGGCAAGACGGCUAUCUGGCUCACACUAACAGGACUGAAGGUUGUAUGUUUGACAAAGUGGCGAGACACUUCUACGACGAUACCUGCGUGGUGCCGGAAAAGGUCGAAGGGGACAUCAAGCAGGAGUCAGGCCUGUACCGUGAGGGCCCAUCAUACCAGCGCAGAGGUUCGCUGCAGCUCUGGCAGUUCCUCGUGGCUCUACUGGACGACCCGUCCAACUCCCACUUCAUCGCCUGGACCGGCCGCGGCAUGGAGUUCAAACUCAUCGAGCCAGAGGAGGUGGCUCGUCGGUGGGGGAUUCAGAAGAAUCGGCCAGCGAUGAAUUACGACAAACUCAGCAGAUCGUUGCGCUACUACUAUGAGAAGGGAAUCAUGCAAAAGGUGGCCGGCGAGAGAUACGUGUACAAGUUUGUGUGCGACCCCGAGGCCUUGUUCUCCAUGGCGUUUCCUGACAAUCAGCGGCCGGUGCUGAAGACGGACAUGGAGCGGCAGAUCAAUGAGGAGGACACGGUGCCGCUGUCGCACUUUGACGAGAACAUGGCCUACGUACAGGACGGGCCCUACUGCCAGCCGCACCCCUACAGCGAGGGCUACGUUUAUUAACGUCAGCCCCCACACACACACACACACACACACACACACACACACACACACACACACACACACUCCAGCACCUCCACGCUGCCCUCCUUCCCCCACCACCACCCCCUCCAGACACCUGAGACUGUCCUGUCCUCUAAUUCACAGUCGCUCCGGGAAUAAGACUGAACACACACAUGCAGCGGAGCUCCCCUUCCCUCUCCCGCCUCGUAUAAACACACACACACACACACACACACCCUCUUUUUUUGCUCUUGUCUUUCUGACAUCCAAGCCGCACAGCAGAAUGGAGAGUGCACUUUAUGGACAGGAAUGGUGUUAACCUGCCGGGGGCUAGCUAUGUGGUUGGCUUUUGACCGUUGUUUAUGUUUGUACAUUAAUGUGGGAAUCAUUCUGUUUGUUUUUUUUAUUUUAUUUUUAUGAUUUUGAGCAUGUGUCCGCCUUGUGAGACUGGACUCAGCGGCUAAUUCAUGGUCACCCCGAGGUGAUAUUCUGAAACUUUGAUCUCCUGCAAAAGAAACAGUCUACACAGCAAAUGGAAGGAUGACCUUUUUUUUGUUCGACUGUCGUUUAGUUUGUCCCAGACCAUCCUGUACUGGAAACGUAUUGUAACGAUACUUUUAUGGUGAAGUGACAUGAAUAUAGACUUGAAAAAGUAAUGUGAUAAUAAAAGAAACCUUUAGCUAUCAGUAAGAACUGCCUCGCCACCAGUCUGAACACAGCACCUCUGUCUGUCGAUGAUCUCUGCCCCCCUCGUCCAAUCAAACUUUAGAUCUCAUCACGUAGGUGUUCUUGCUGUAACUACAUAAACUGCACUGGAUCAUCCCCUCGACAGCUAAAAAACACGUGGUGGUUUGGGAAACAUGAGACUGCGGCACACAAGGAUGCACCAAGGAGAUGGAUGGAUGGAGAAUACAUUUUUUCUGCAUCACACAUGACCGACGUGUGUUUAGGAUAAUCGAUAAAGCUUCAGGCUGCUGUAAAAUAACUCAUUCACUGUAAACAGCAGUUUCCUUUGUAUUCUGAAAUGCAUCAGAGCAGUAGUCAUUCAUUUUGUCAUUCAGGUGUUCAGUUUUUCGAUGAACAGAUGGAGUGUAUGUACAGAUCGAGUGAAAACAGCAGUUCAUUCACAUUCAGGAUAAUAUUUGCAUCCCCAGAAUAAAAAUAAUAAUUAAAAAAAAAAAGACAUUUGAUUUCAUUGGCAUAGACAAUAAAAAGCUGAAAAAAACAAAAAACUUAAAAACUAAAUUUUCCUUAAUUUUUUUUUGUUUGUUUUGUUCCAGGCGAACAUAAGGUGUAUAUUUUGCUUCAAAACUGUUGCUUUGCCAUUAAUAGGUUGCUUUUUGGUAUAAGAAUUAUUUAGAGGUUUAUAAUGUGAUGAAUAAAAAACUCAUGUUAUAUCUUAAUGUUCCAUUGUAUAAUCAGGUAAAUGCACAUUUUGUUGCUGCUUCAAAUUCUAGGUGUAUUUUCUAGUCUUAAAAAAACAAAAAGAAAGGAAGUGUGGCAGCUAUGGCCUGCUAUUCUAUUCUAUUUCUCUUUUUUGAAUUUUCCCUUUGUUUUUUUUUAUUAUUUUUGUUUAAUUCAAGCAUUAAAAAAGAAUCUGAUCUGUCUCA